AUGGUGCGCUCGCUAUUGCCCACGAGCAGCAUUGUCCUACCGCUGCUCUCGCUAUCACAACACGCCCUCGCUCAAUCGUUAUCGCUGUCGCCGUCAGGGAGCGCCCCCGAUGGCGCCUCAGAGUAUCUCGAUGCCUCGUUCGCCGGGUUUGGCAUUGAGCCCUCGAACCUGUUCUCAUUCACUGGAGGCAACACGCCCAACCAGCUGUCGAUAAAGCUCCUCCAGAACCUCGCAGACUACUCGGGCGCGCCGCCACACAUUCGGUUAGGAGGCAACACGCAAGACUACAUGCUCUAUGAGUCAGAUUACACAGACAUUGCUUGGAAGAAGAACCCCAGCUCAACGGCGCAGGGCAACAUCGCCGCCGACUCGAUGAUCAUCGGGCCAGGAUACUUCCAGGCAUUGAACCGCUUCCCCAAGGACACACCGGUUACGUUUGGCCUCAACUUGGCCUACAUGGAGGAUGAUUGGGAGGACCGCAUCGUGGCUGCCGCCCAGGGUGCUGUCUCAGGCAUGACCAAUGUCAAGCUGUACUCGUUCGAGGUUGGCAACGAGCCCGAUCUGUGGUUGCAGAACACCUUCCGUACCGCGCCCUGGGAUGGAAAGCUAUACACAACACAGUUUCUCGACCGUGCCGAGGCCGUCUACACCCGUGUGCUGCAGCCAGCGGGUCUACCUUCGUCCUUCUUCGAGCCCCCUGCGACUGCAUCCACCAUCGGCACCACCUUCGAGAUCUCACAACUGGUGAGCGAUGGCAUGAUGGAGGGUAGGAACGGAGACAACUACGUGACUGUAUGGAACCAGCACGAUUACUUCUAUUUCAUUGGCGUCACGCCUACACCUAUUACACUUAAUGACCUUAUGCAAUUCGACCAAACCAAUACCCAAUUCGCAUACUGGGAGAAACAGAUCAAGAUUGGCCUAAAGACUGGCCUGCCCUACGUCCUCCGUGAGAUGAGUUCCAUUGGACCCAUCGGUAUGCCUGGCGUCUCUGACGCAUUCGGUGCAUCUCUCUGGACCCUCAACUUCUUCCUAUACGCCGCCUCCCUCGACAUUGCUUCCGUGCAGAUGCAUAUGACUGAUAACUCCAACGCAAGCGCCUGGCAACCGAUAGAGUUGUACGGUCGCGCUCCAUUCGUACGAACACUCUACUAUGCCCAUGCCGCCAUGGCACAGAUCGUCGGUAACGGUAACGGUACCACUCAGAUUUCCAGCAUGAGCACCAGCAACGUCGGCUCUUCGUACGACGGUCGUAUCCGCGCAUACUCCAUGUACGCUCAUGACAGCCUGCAGGCUGUGAUCAUGCUCAACGGCAAGCAAGCCAACGAGUCGCAGUCCAACAAGGGCAGCUUCACCUUCAACGUCAACUUCGGCUCAUCCAAUGCCAACAAGGACGUCUACCUCUCCUACCUGACCGCUGAUGGUGCUGACUCCCAGACUGGUGCCACCUGGAACGGCAUAUCCUAUUCCGACACCACUGGCGAGGCAAGCAUCGUCGACACCACACUCCACACAGUCACCCUCGAUAGCUCCGGCAAAGCUGCAAUCCCUGUUCGUGAUUCGCAAGCCGUUGUUGCCAACAUUGGGUGGCAGAUCGGGAGCACAGCGGUCCUGAAGAGUGACGGCAGCACUGCUAGGAAGAGUAACGCUAGUCCUCCCACCACGCCCACCAUCUUCACCGCCGUAGCGGCCAUGAUCGCCACCACCUUUGUUCUCCUAGUCUCCAGCGCCUAA